AUGUCGGAUGAUCAUGUCGCCGGGAGGUUGGUGUUCUACCAGAAGGAGGGGAACGCCACUUUCGUCCGGGACACCGGGGAGCUGGCGUCCGACGUGACGACCGUGGCCAUGUUCGAGCUGACCGACCCGCUGAGCGCCUUGCGCGCCGUCCGGUUCAACUACAGAUGGGACUUUGGAAACGGACAGGUGAUAGAGGGCACAGAACCGGUGGUCAUGUAUAACUACACGCAAUCGGGCAACUACACGCUGCGUCUACACGUGGACGGCAACGGAACGGAACCGGAAACACCCAUCACGGGGGUCUACUCCGUGGACGUCAAAGUGCUGGAUGCCAUUAGAAAUAUCCAGCUGACGGGGCCUUCGAACUACCAGGUUUCACAGAACAGCAUCCUGGUUUUCCUUGUGGAUGGAAGUCCUCCCAUGUGGGUGUGUUGGCAGAUCCUGCCGGACUGUGUGUUGGCCCGUCCUCUGGGCUGCACCCUCAGCAUGCUGUAUGAGAACCAGCUGCGGGUGGAGCACACCUUCACCACGGCCGGCGUGCACUGCCUGGACGUCAGCGCCCGUAACGACGUCAGCAACCUGCAGAUGUCCUACAGCAUCUACGUCAGCCCCAACACUUACGGCAACCUGCUUUUCAUUCUGCCGUGUCUGGCCAUUCUCAUGGCGACCUUCUCCUUCAUCAUCAUCAAUGCCUGUCGUCCUCGCCGUGUCUACAAACCAAAGCUGGCGGCCUCCAGUAACGCCAUGUUCCUGAAGGAGCCAGGCGGCUUCGCCAGGGUUCACCUCGGCAACGUGGCGACUGCAGAGAGAGGAGAGAAAGAGCGGCUCCUCUUUCAGAACGGGGCCUUUUACUCCAUCUAG